AUGAUGCACUUCCGGUCAUGUGUAUUCCCAACCAGCGUCCACGAACUUCUCUUCGCGGAUGGCUGUGCCCUCAACACUACCUCGGAAGGGGACAUGCGAAAGAACAUGGAUCUCUUCUCUGCCGCCUGCGAGAACUUUGGUCUGGUCAUCAACACGGAAAAGACGGUGGUCAUGCACCAACCGCCACCCAACACUGUCCACAAUGCGCCGCAACUCAGCGGGAAUGGAACCCAACUGCAAGUCGGGGAUAACUUCACCUGCCUGGGCAACACUCUCUCCCGCAACACAAAGAUCGACGAUGAAGUGGCCCGCCGGAUUUCCAAAGUCAGCCAAGCCUUCGGCCGUCUGAAAAACACCGCCUGGAACCGUCACGGUCUCCCUCUCAACACCAAAUUCAAGAUGUACAAGGCAGUCAUCCUGUCGACGCAGCUGUAUGGAGCGGAGACCCGGACGGCGUAA